AUGCAGAGAUCCAUCCUUGCUGUCUUGUUCCUUGGCCUCCUUGCUGCUGAUGGCACUGUUGUUGUGGGAACCACGGCGACCACCGCCUCCAAGGAUACCACGAUCGUCGGAAGCACGGCUGCUCAGCUCGGCGUCAUCUCUCAGCCCGUUCUGGAUGACAGUAUAGACCGGUUAGUGCCUGCCAAAUAA